AUGAAGCUGCAACUUGCUUUUCUUGCUGGUGUCGUAGCUCUCAGCAAGGCCUCUCCUUAUUCCACAUCAGUGAAAGCUCGUCACUUUGAUGAGCCUGGAAAUCCAGAUCAGCCCGAUAAAUCAUAUGGCUGUAACUGCACUGGUACAACUCCAGGUCCGCUGCCGGCCUCCGCUCAAUAUAUCUGCUAUGACUGGAGACUUGGACCGAAAACGCUUCCAAAAUAUCUUCCUCUCUCCAGCGAGCUAUCAUCUUAUGAUAGAUUUGGUGGACUAACACCCGGAGAAUUUCUCAAAAUCUGGUGGGAUCCUCAACUCAAUCCUCCAUACGGGAGUUUCAGAUACCCAGGGGAUGUAACACCAGGGGACCAAGGCUUUUCAGUCGACAUAAAUGGGAAACCCAUCAGCGGGUUUGUAGAACUGCCGCCAGACACCUAUCUAGACAGGUUUGGAAAAGAGACUGGAAUGUUUCUAUCUUCCGCCGAUACGCCCUAUUCCCAAAGAUCACUACCACCUUCGAAUCUGAACAAUCGACCUGAUGAUCCAGGAUUCCCAAACGACUAUCAUGUCUAUCGAACUACUCAAAAGCUGAUACUAAAUGCUGGGCCUAUUGCUCCUUGGUUUGGUCAGCCGGGACUUGGAACGCAAUUCUAUUCAGGUCCUCGGACUAUUGCGGAAUUGAUAGGCAAUAAGACCUUGGAGAGGGUUGACCCUUCUGUUUUGAUCUCCAACAGACAGCAACAAGGCUGUGGCUACUAGACGUACUCAACUGCCGGGCAUUUCGUUUCCGCGAUUUCAACCAUUUUUCUUCGUUGUCAAUCCAUCAUAAUACUAAAUUAAUUAUAAUACAUAUUAAUGAUCAAGGAUUAGUCUUCCAAUC